AGAAACGGGGCAAGUCACAAUGGAACCGCUUACGACGGCACUCGUGUUGCUGGUGCUCGUGGCCCCGGUGUUGCAGUGGCUCGUUGGACGCUACCGGUUAUCGCAAAUCUACGACAAAAUUCCUGGACCCCGGGCGUAUCCAUUCAUCGGUACGCUGUACCUGAUAUUAGGUAAAACACCCGAAGAGAUAUUCCAGGUGAUCACUGAGCGCACCCGGCGGUACGAUGGGAUCCACCGGAUCUGGGUGGGGAUGACACCCGAGGUGCGGCUCAGCAAAGCCGAGUACGUCGAGAAGGUCAUCAGCUCCAGCAAACACAUCGAGAAGGCAAAUCUGUACCGCUUCCUGGGCGACUGGCUCGGGGAGGGACUGCUGACGGCCAAAGGCGAACGCUGGUUCCAGCACCGGAAGCUCAUUACACCGACCUUCCACUUCACCAUGCUCGACGGCUUCUGCGAGGUGUUCGCCGAGAACGCGUCCAUCCUGGUGAACCAACUGCGACCGCACGCCGGCACCGGCAAACCGGUCAACAUCUAUCCGUUCAUUACGACGGCCGCGCUGGACAUAAUCUGUGAAACGGCCAUGGGUGUGAAGGUCCACGCGCAGACCUCGGACGUGGAGGAAAAUGCUUACGUAAAUGCGGUCUAUCGACUAAGUGCUCUGUUUAUGGACCGACUUGUCCGUCCGUGGCUGCACCCGGAUUGGGUAUUCAAGCGAUCCGCUCUCGGACGCAAGCAACACGAGCUACUGCAGAUUCUGCAUGGCUACACACGGAAGGUGAUCCAGGAAAGAAAGAGCGCCCUCCGGGCAAGCGAGACGGACGGUUCGGCCCGUGCGACGGACGGCGAUUCCGUCGGGCGCCGGAAGCGACUUGCGUUUCUCGAUCUGCUGCUACAGAGCUCCACCGAGACGGACACGACACUCACCGACGAGGAUGUGCGGGAGGAGGUGGACACGUUCAUGUUUGAGGGACACGAUACGACGACCGCGGGCAUGAGCUGGGCGCUGUUUCUGCUCGCCCUGCACCCCGAGAUCCAGGAGCAGGUGCAUCAGGAGAUUGAUUCCAUCUUCGGCGACAGUGAUCGGCCGGCCACGAUGCACGAUCUGAACGAGAUGAAGCUGCUGGAACGGUGCCUGAAGGAAACGCUCCGCCUGUACCCAUCGGUGGCGUUCUUCGGCCGGACACUCAGCGAAGACAUCGAACUGGGAGGCUAUAACGUGCCGGCGAGGACCAUUAUCGGCAUUCACUCGUACAAUGUGCAUCGCGAUGAACGGUUCUUCCCCGACGCGGAAACCUUCGAUCCGGAUCGCUUCUUGCCGGAAAACUGCGAGCACCGCCACCCGUACGCGUACAUACCGUUCAGUGCCGGACCGCGGAACUGCAUCGGGCAGCGGUUCGCGAUGCUCGAGGAGAAAAGCCUUGUGUCGUCCGUCCUGCGCCACUACCGGAUUCGCUCGGAGCGCACCCGCGAACAGCAGCUGAUGGUGAACGAGUUGAUUACGCGCCCGAAGGACGGUGUGUUGCUCUACCUAGAGGCUCGCCGGUAGCCGGUAAAGUCCCAGUGUCCCGGCCAACCGUUCCAGGCCACCAUCGACAGUCGCGAACGUCCGACCAAAGAUAGAAGCAAAUAAUAUAUUCACCACCACCCGCCACCGGUCGGCAAAGUUAAUUAUUUCCCAUUUUCCGGCCCCGCGGAGUAUCGAUUGGCUAAGGGUCGGACUGUUGAUUAAAACCUUGAGUUUGCAAUCGGCGCAGGACGCGUGGUGUGGUCGUCGGGGCGUCAGCUGAGAACCAGCGUCACCAGGGAAAACAAACUGGUCGAAUGGAGAGGAAGCGCAUUGUGCAGGGCGGCCACCGUAAGAUAUAUGAGGAAGCUCAUCAGCAUAGUUUCAAUACAGCCGAUGGCAGGUGGUGGGAGUUUAAAGUGAGAUUUUACGCUAAUGAUUCGGUGUUCCAUCGGGGCGAAGCUUCACGCAUAAGUGUUUGCUUGAAGCUGCCCGAAAUGGAAGCACCAUUGAUUUACUUAAUCAAUAUACUUUGG